GUAUACACGCGUAGAUUAUCCAAAUAUGCGACAGCUCUUCGAGAAGAGGCUUUUGAUUGAUACUAGAAGUAUUUCAACUUCAGAGAAACUUUCCGGUGCGCCGUGUAAUGAUUGAUGGUUGAUGAUUGAUGAUUGAGUCAUUGUGAUUGGAACUUCCUCAGAGGACUUACGGUUAAUUCCGAUGGUCAUGUGAUCAAAGUCAAAUCAGCCAACUAGCUUCGCUCAACCUCCUUUCAUCAAUAAUUAUCGAUAUCUUACUGAUAUAUUACAUAUUACAUAUUACAUUAUUCAUCCAACCUUCAAUUAUGGAAACCAAACCACAGAAACGAAGACGGAUAAUCAAGACUUGUUGGGAAUGUUAUAGAAGAAAACAAAAGGUAAUAAAUACAUCGCCGUUGUUAUCAUCGUCACCACCAUUAUCAUCAUCAUUAUCAUCACCAUCAUCCUCAAAGAAUAUUCCUGACUAUUAGAAUAGUGUAAUCGCGGUCAACCAUGUGAUGUUUGUAUUUCUAGAAAUGUACCGGAGAAGUGCUCCUAUUCUAAUUCAGCAUCGUACGUGGCACUCUGUUGUAUAGAUCUGAAAGUAUUCUUAUCAGAAGAACAGGCUCGAUGAUUCGGGAGAUCUUCCAUAUAAUGGAGCGCAGUCAAGCAAACGGACAAGAGAUGAAGAAAUCAUAUUAAAAUCAGGUUCAACGCCAUCCGACCUUUUCGGUCAAGUAGGAUAUGCUUCUUAUAGCAAUUCCUUCAGUGGAUUAAAAAAGGUACAACCGUUUUCUCAUCCUACUUAGGAUUCAAUCUAACAGGAGUAGUCAUUUCAUAUUAAUGAUGAAUUAUCUACAUUCAUUGGAACAUCUUCAUCAACUUCACUAUCUCAUCCUGUUUUACGACAUAAAUUUUUAAGUUUAGUUAUUCAACUGCCCUCACAAUUUAUCGUCUCCGAACUUGUCGAUUCAUUCUUCUCAGAAAUACAUUGGUAUUUUAAAAUAUUAGAAGAGCAUUACUUUCGAAAUCUCCUCAAACAAUGGCAAGAUAUUCAAAGUACUCUAUCGGAACAGUCAGACCUGGGGACUAUUUCUAGAGAUCUUCAAUAUUUUCCCGCAUUAUUAUUCCAAACUCUUGCCGUUUCCUUGCAAUUCUUACCACCGAACACAGGAACAUCCAGGUUACUUCAGUUAAAAACUUUAUCGGAUUCUGAUCGGCUCUCUCAUGAGUAUAGUAAAAUUGGUAUGGAAAUAAUGUCCUUGUUAGGAAGACAUUCUUCAACUAUGACAGCUGUUGAACAUGAUCUGUUAAGAUCCGGCUGGUUAAAGAACUAUAGUAGGGGUACAGAAGCAUGGCAUAUAUUGGGUAGUGCGAUUAGGUUUGUCGUCAUACACCCCAUUCAUCCACGAUGCUAACCAGAUUCAGACAGGGUCAAGAUUUGGGACUCCAUUUACAAGCUGUAAUUCCAAAGGUUGUUGGAGAAGAUGUCGGGAUUGGAUUAGAAAAGCUUUGGUAUGAUGAAUAUAAAAGAAGACUUUGGGUAACGCUAUUCACCUGGGAUAGGUCAGUACUGUAUAUCCUUAUUUUGGCCGUCUCUAACUACCUACUUUCAGUCAUAUGUCUGUCAUGCUUGGAAGGCCUCGUUCAAUUAAUGCAAGUGACUGUACAAUUAAAACACCAAUCGAUUGCACAUUCCCUGAUGAUCCGUCAAAAACUAUACCUUCAGCCGCACAUUUACAAGAUCCUGACACCCCUCCAUCUACCUACUCAGCUCAGCUAUUUCAUUACACUCUUGCCCAAAAAGUUCACGAGUUAUUAGCAGCUGGUGCUCAUAGACCACAUAUAAAAGACUAUUCGUUCAUCACAAAACUUCACAACGAAGUCAUGUCCAUCAUUGACUCUCUACCACCUAUUUUACGACCUGAGAAUCCAGAUAAGUCAUGGGAUGAAAAAGAGCCAAGGAUUCCUCGUCAAAGACAAGUACUAGCAAAUUUUGCAUAUUCAUUCCUUAUGGCUCUUCACAGACCUCACGCACCAAUACAUGCUGCAAGUCGAAUUGCAACCAUAAAAGCUGCUCUAGACUGCCUUGAUACUCAGGAUUCAUUCAUGAAAUUAAUGAAACCACAUCAUUACCGAAUCUAUUCACUUUCAUUCAAUUCUAUUGAUUGUGGAAUAGUUUUAUCUGGGAUGCUAUUGGAAUCACCACAUAUGGAGAAUAGCUUGAGGGAAAGAAUACAAGCUGCGAUGGACAAAACUAUUGAAAGGUUGAAGUCGAUGGAAGAAAGAAGUUUUAUUGCAAAAUCGGGUGUACAAAUACUUACUAUCUGCCAUGAGAGGAUCUUGGAUCGUGAUAAGAACGGCGGCGGGAUGACCAACAAGUCGCGAGUACUGGACCAGCCGGAAGGAAGUCUCAAGGCUGUCAACGGAGGGGAUAAUAUAGUUGUUCCACCACAGAAUCCAAAUGUUUUUGAGGCCCAGCAAUCGCAGCCAAUAGAUCUAAACGGCUCUACUGCGAACCUGGUUGAUUUUAGUAACUUCGAAAUGGAUACAUCAUUUUGGGACGAGAUGAAUCAAAUGAUUGAUUUUGAUAUCGGAGUAAGCAUGGAAGAGGAUUUAUGGAACCCCAAUUAUUCAUUUCCGGACUUAAACAUGCCUUCUAAUAAUGGAACUGUACCAACAGCGUGGUAUGGAGGCGGCGGUGCGGGAUAAUUUGGUUGCGGUCAAAAGAGGGUUCCUCUAGAUCAGUACAAAUCCAUUUGACAUCAUCGUCUACAAAAACAAUUUCAUUCUGAUACAUUUUGAGAUUGUGCGACUGCUUGUUCCUUGGCUAAUCUUAUGAUUCAUGUUGCCUUGAAAAUUGUUCAUGGUAAGGUCAUUUGUCAUCUCUUGUGAAGGGAAAGUCGUGGGGUUGCGGGCGCCUCUUAAAUUCUACUUUUAGUUUCUUAUUCUAUAUAUUACUAAAGUACACA